UGCGCUCGGGGAGCGCGGGCGGCCGCGGGAGCUCGCGGGACGCUCUAGGACCCAGCAGCGGUUGUCGGGUUCGGGGUUGGAAGUGAAGCCCUGGCAUUUCUCUUCUUCCUGUGUGCAUGGGGUUGACUGUCGCGCGCCGCGUCCCCGCACUGCCCCACGCCAUGCCCAGCGCGCUGCCCGGCGGCCGCCUUCUUCAGCUGCGAGACUGAACAAGCCAUGAUCGCCUCAUGUGGAGGACAAAGUUGCGCCGGGGAACUUUUUCUUAUUUCAGAUACCCUUGGCCCUGUUUGUUAGAUGAGAUACUACCCUGCAUUUUUCAUAAGAAAAUACACGCAAUGUGUGCUCUAGAAGAAGUUCCUAGUGAAGAUUUCGAACUAGAAUUGCAAGAGAAGCGUUAUGGAUGUGUGGGAUCCCCCUCCUGCUUGUUACAGUCCCAAUAGUCCAAUCCAGAUUCUAGAAGACCCCAACUACUUUUUCCCAGACUUUCCGCUCUAUUCUGGGAGGCAUGAAGCGCCUGUUUUGACGGUGGAGGCCAACGGUACCAUCAGGGAAAAAGUUGUCGAGGAUCCUCUUUGUAACUUCCACUCCCCAAACUUCCUGAGGAUCUCAGAGGUGGAAAUGAGAGGUUCCGAGGAUGCGGCAGCUGGAACAGUAUUGCAGCGGCUGAUCCAGGAACAACUGCGGUAUGGCACCCCGACCGAGAACAUGAACUUGCUGGCCAUUCAGCACCAGGCCACCGGGAGUGCAGGUCCAGCCCACCCUACAAACAGCUUUUCUUCCACGGAAAACCUCACUCAAGAAGACCCACAAAUGGUCUACCAGUCGGCACGCCAGGAACCGCAGGGUCAAGAACACCAGGUGGACAAUACGGUGAUGGAGAAACAGGUCCGGUCCACGCAGCCUCAGCAGAACAACGAGGAACUGCCCACUUACGAGGAGGCCAAAGCGCAGUCCCAGUUCUUUAGGGGGCAGCAGCAGCAGCAACAGCAGCAGCCAGGCGCUGUAGGUCAUGGUUACUACAUGGCCGGGGGCACCAGUCAGAAGUCGCGGACUGAGGGGAGGCCCACGGUGAACCGUGCCAACAGUGGACAAGCGCAUAAAGACGAGGCACUGAAAGAACUUAAGCAGGGCCACGUCCGCUCUCUCAGUGAGAGAAUCAUGCAGCUGUCCCUGGAGAGGAAUGGUGCUAAGCAACACCUCCCUGGCUCGGGGAAUGGAAAGGGGUUCAAGACAGCAGGGGGACCUUCCCCAGCCCAGCCUACAGGGAAAGUGCUGGACCCCCGGGGUCCCCCACCUGAGUACCCCUUCAAGACCAAGCAGAUGAUGUCCCCGGUCAGCAAGACCCAGGAGCAUGGACUUUUCUACAGCGACCAGCACCCAGGGAUGCACCACGAGGUGGUCAAGCCUUACCCUGCCCCUCAGCCUGCGAGGACAGAAGUGGCCGUCCUGAGGUACCAGCCACCCCCUGAGUACGGGGUAACGAGCCGCCCAUGCCAACUGCCUUUCCCAUCAACGGUGCAGCAGCACAGCCCGAUGUCCUCCCAAAACUCCUCAGUCAGUGGGCCCCUGCACCCCACCUCCUUGCCGCUUUCCCUCCCAGUGACCCUGGCAGCUCCACAGCCCCUGCCUGCCGCCUCCCCCAGCCAGCAGCUUGGUCCAGAUGCGUUUGCAAUUGUGGAGCGAGCCCAGCAGAUGGUGGAGAUACUCACAGAGGAGAACCGGGUGCUUCACCAGGAACUUCAGGGUUACUAUGACAAUGCUGACAAGCUCCACAAGUUUGAAAAAGAACUUCAGAGAAUUUCAGAAGCCUACGAGAGUCUGGUCAAGUCUACCACCAAGCGAGAGUCCCUGGACAAGGCUAUGAGAAACAAACUGGAGGGCGAGAUUCGAAGACUUCAUGAUUUCAACAGAGACCUCCGAGAUCGACUGGAGACUGCCAACAGGCAGCUGUCCAGCAGGGAGUACGACGGGCACGACGACAGAGCUGUGGAGGGCCUUUAUGCUUCCCAGAACAAAGAGUUCUUGAAGGAAAAGGAGAAGUUAGAAAUGGAAUUAGCAGCAGUGAGGAGUGCGAGCGAGGACCACCGGAGGCACAUUGAGAUCCUGGACCAGGCUCUGAGCAACGCCCAGGCCAGGGUCAUCAAGCUGGAAGAGGAGUUACGAGAGAAGCAAGCCUAUGUAGAGAAAGUUGAGAAGCUGCAGCAGGCCCUGACCCAGCUGCAGUCUGCAUGUGAGAAGCGAGAGCAGAUGGAGCGGAGACUGCGGACCUGGCUGGAGAGAGAGCUGGAUGCACUGAGAACCCAGCAGAAACACGGGGCCGGCUCGCCGGCCAGCAUGCCGGAAUACAAUGCGCCGGCCCUCAUGGAGCUUGUGAGGGAGAAGGAGGAGCGGAUCCUGGCUCUGGAGGCCGACAUGACCAAGUGGGAGCAGAAGUACCUGGAGGAGAGCACCAUCCGACACUUUGCCAUGAAUGCCGCAGCCACGGCUGCCGCCGAGAGGGACACCACGAUCAUCAACCACUCGAGAAAUGGCAGCUAUGGCGAGAGCUCGCUGGAGGCCCACAUCUGGCAGGAGGAGGAGGAGGUGGUGCAGGCCACCAAGAGGUGCCAGGACAUGGAGUACACCAUUAAAAACCUCCAUGCCAAAAUCAUAGAGAAGGAUGCCAUGAUUAAGGUCCUUCAGCAACGAUCACGUAAAGAUGCCGGGAAGACGGACUCCUCCAGCCUGCGACCUGCCCGCUCCGUCCCUUCCAUCGCCGCGGCCACCGGGACACACUCUCGCCAGACCUCUCUUACCAGCAGCCAGUUAGCUGAGGAGAAGAAGGAAGAGAGGACCUGGAAGGGAAGCAUAGGGCUGCUGCUUGGGAAAGAGCACCUUGAACGCGCACCCACCCCCCUGCUCCCCACGCCCCCUGCAGCCGCACUGCCCUCCACACCGGCCGGCAGCGCCCACGCUAAGACGGGCAGCAAGGACAGCAGCACCCAGACGGACAAGGGCGCCGAGCUCUUCUGGCCCAGCACGGCCUCCCUGCCCAGCCGCGGCAGGCUGAGUGCAACCCCUUCCAACAGCCCGGUCCUGAAACACCCAGCGGCCAAAGGGACUGCAGAGAAACUGGAGAGCUCACCUGGCCACGGGAAGUCACCUGACCACAAAGGCCGAGUCAGCAGCUUGCUUCACAAGCCCGAGUUCCCUGACGGGGAGAUGAUGGAAGUUCUCAUCUAAUGCUGGCAUCCCUGCUGAAUCUUAUAACGGGACAUUGACAAGCAAACAAGGAACGUGGCAAAGAGGGAGAAGAAAGAUCAAGAAAGUUGUGGAUGGAAAAUCAAGAAUGACUUGAACUGAUAAAGAUUUCAGAUUAGUAAGAACAUUUUUUAUAAAUGUUUUAAAAAAAAAAAUCAGUAGACCUACAUGAGUGAAGAUGAAGAGAAGGCUAUGGAUUUUUAUCACAUAUGGUGUCAGAGAGAUGAUGCAUGUAGGUUUGGAAACAAACAAGAAAUAGGAAAUGGAAUUUUUCAUUGUACAGAAAAUGUAUCUUGUUGGGAAGGUAUGUGUGUACUCAUUCUCUGGUUAUAAACAGAUAAACCUGAACGUGGCUCAUCCUUGGAAUACCCCCAUUCUCCUUGCCUCUUAGCAUCUUUUGUUUAAGAAGAGCCUCCUAGAAAUAUUGGAGAGGUCAUCUGCUGGGCAUCAUGUGCCAUCCAUGGGGUGUCCUGUGAAAGGGUGUGGGUGUGACAAUGAGAAGAAAUAUCCAGGGGUGACGAGGAAUUUGAAACACAGUCCUCAGCUAAUGACCUGCUUGAUUUGGAUUUUCAGGGGACUGUGGGGAUUCAGCAGUAUUUUCUAUACAGGAUGGGAACACUGAUUUGGCACUCAUCCUCCCGAACUUCCCCGACUUCAUUUCUAUCUCUGUUUCAUCCUCUUUAACUUUACUUUUUUUUUUCCUUCAUCCUUUUUUUUUUUUCUUUUUUCUUUUUAAAUAAGACAUGGCAUGAUAGGUCUGGGAUUUAUUAGAGCAGCAUCUGAACUAUCACCAUUCCUGCCGUGUUUAAUAGCGACCAGUGGGACAACGCCGUAGGCUGGCCCCCAGCUGCCUCCUCUACCCUUGAGUAGUGGGGCUGCAGCUGCUAAUGGCAUUCUGACUGUGAACUGGGUAAGCUUUGAUGAGGUAGACGACCCAUGGUCAGUGUGACACUUUCGUGACGAUCACAGCCGAUCACAGCCCUGGCUUUUUUCUCUCUCACAUCAGCGCUCUUGCACGGAGCCUGGUAUUUCCACCCCGUCGCUCUGCUGGGGUAAGACUUCCAGGACGGCACACCAGGAAACAAACGACACUUGGCUUGGCGGCCUCCCGUCUCUCAGCAGGCACCUUGCACACAUUCUAGUACGUGUGGCUCACAAGCACGUUCCCCCGUCCCCUCGCCCCCUCGCGCUCUUCUGGUCGCUGCUGGUGAGCACGCAGAUGGCGGUGACUGUCGGCACACGUGUGUGCUAACACAUCCAUUUUUCUCCGUCAUGAACUUGCUUUGUAACCCAACAGGCCAGUGUACAUCUAGUGUGGUCAGGUGUUUCUAGGUUUCAGUCUGGGGCAAGUUGUCCAAAGCAAGAUGGAAAUACCAUGUUAGAGAGCUAGGAGUGAGUGAGGUCAUGGGCCCUUAUCCCUGUGUGUGACAGUUCAUAUCUAACUUCGCAGACCAGGCUUUUUUUUACAAUCUAGGAGGUGCUGGAUCAGAGCAGAGAAGCUGACCAGGCUGUCAGAUGUUCUAGCAAGAUCCAAGUCUCACCUCAGUGAAGCCCCGGACACAACACUGCUCAGGAAAUUUGGCUUGCGUAGCUUAUUUGAGGGUUGGUCUUUGGAGCAUAACCUGGGUGGAGUUACAGCCUCUCUACACUGAGGAGAUAGAAGGAUGACAGAGGUGACAGCUAGAGAAGGGGAGGGAGGAAACCAAUGGCUUUGUCCAAAGGGGCCUCAGAGCUGUCCAGUGUGACUGAGGAAGCAGGAAGUGACUCUUCUCAGGCCCUGCUCUGUGGUGGCACUGAGCUCCGUGCUUCGUGCUUGUCGCCUCCUUCAGUCACAGGUGUAGCCUGGGAAACUGGAGGGGUUCCAGAGUCCGAGGACCUCGCUGAAUGCCCUGGGGUGUGAGAGGGAGCACAUAAGUCCUGUUAAUGAGGAAAGUGUUCAUAUGGAUGCAGAGGGUUCCCAUCACUUUUUAUGGGUGGUGAGGUUCAAUAGAGGGCAACUGAUUCUCUUAAGGACGCUUUGAACCCUGAUUAGUGUUGGGUGUAUACCAGGAAGUAAAAAAAGUUUCUAGAACUAGGAGAGCAAGUCACCUCUGCCAGCCGCACACCCCCCCACCCGCCCAUGUCUGGGCCACCAAACUUGGGCAGUCUCCCCUAGAAGAGGGUGAGAGCAAGAGCCACAGCCUGAUUUCCCCCAGACCUCAUCUUUGCGCUCCAGCACACCUCACUGGCACCAGGCUGGCAUGCUCUCUUCGGUCCCCUGAGUUGCGAGGCAUGUUAAUUGUUAGAAUGCAAGCAUGCACACCACCACAUUUCAGUUGUGCUGUGAUCUUUGUCAUCUUGCUUGCUUCUAACCUGCUAAGACUCUUCCAUAAGAAAAGGGGUCUAUAGCUUUAAAAAGUCUCCUUUAUGGGAGAUUUCCUGAGGUGCCAGGGCCCCUGUCACUUUGCAUCUUCACAGCAUUUUUGAAGCCUUGCUUGCAUGUAAGAGAAAGGGAUUGCUGAUACUGAGCACCCACUCUGCUGUGUUCUGGGCAGUUUAUAAGGUAUUAUCUCAUUUGAUUUUCAGAAAACUAAUAGUAGCUCUAUUUUUUAGUGCUGACUGUAUGCAAGCACUGUGGUAAGUACCUUUUAAUGCGUCCUCAAGCCACCUGGGAGCAGGGGCGAGUUUUAUCCUUAUUUCACUGAAGGAAACUGGGGCUCAGCGAGGUUAAGUCCCUUCCCAACACCUGCCAGCCAGGAGAAGCUGGGAUCUGAACCAAGGGUUUGGAGAGGCGCUGGGCCAUUGUCACAGGCUGGACUGCUUCUGACAUAGGGACAAGAACUAUCUGUGGGUUCCACGUCUUGGCCCGCUCUAUCCCGUCUCUGAUGUGUGCAUGUGCACACACACAGCUGCCCUGCUCUCGGGAGCUAAGAAAUAGGACUAAAGCCCAGAGCUCCCUAGAUUUGCCCAUAAACACCAGGCAGAGAUGGAGAUCUUUGUGUCCGAUUAUAAGACGGACAACAACGUCCAUGUAAAACCUACUGGCAUAUUGUCCAGAGGCCUAGAGUUCUUCAGAACUUCCCAGUGUUGUCUUCAUGAUGGAGCUGGCAGGUCCUCUUUCGGCGUGAAGGGCAAAGGCUUUGACUUUGUGAGAAGACAGGCCAGGGUAAUUCUGCUUCGUCCUUGAAUGUGUUGUCUGGCAGCUUUAUUAUAUGCUGCCCAGCAUUUAUUAUAUGGACUAGGGGGCGUUGCUGGAUUCCAGCAACUAAUUCCAGAACAUGUACAGAAUCUUUGCUUAGCAUUUUCUUCCCUCAGCUUUUCUCCUGCUUCCCAGAGGUUGGUAGCCAGUGAUGGUGUCGAGUUCCACGUGUUCUGAGCAGGCACACAGGACAGGGCUGCCGCGUUCAUCCCAGGGCCCUGGUUAGAGGGCAGAGAGUGGCGGGGGCCUUCUCUCUUCAGUCCUGCCGGGCUUGCUCUUUGGAGCUCAAGUGUGAAUUGGACUGUGCAGGGCUUGGGUUGGAUAUCGAGACAGUUGCUCCAAAUGUGUUCUGAACCUGGAACAGAGAAUUCAGUUGUUCUGAUCCUCAGGGAAGAGGCUGUCGGGAUGCCUCCUCCCCAACCCCAAGAAGCCAGUCACCUCUCCCGGCCUUGCCUUUAGCCACCAUGAGGCAGUGGCUGAGGCACUGUUAUGCCGAGUGCUGAUGGAAUGGGAAGUUCUCCCUGUGCAGCUGCCUUCUGAGUCCUGCAGAUCAAUGUGAGCACAGGCAUCAGCCUGGGUGCCCAGAAGGAGCGAAGAAUAGAUUGGGGGUUUAAAAGGUUUCGAGGCAGAGAGCUCACGCUUAUGCUGUGGGGAGCUAUGCUGGGCAAAGAAAUGUAUUUUCCAAAAACAAAGUCCUGCUCCAUGUCUGCACUGGCACCAGUGGGGCGUGUCUAUGUGUACUCCGAAUGACCUUGCGCUCCUUAAGCACAGGAGACCCAUGGUCAUAAGUGGGAGCCCACGAGUGUUCUUAACCAGUAGUGGCUUUAAGUAGCCAGAGAGCAUCCAGCCCACAAUCGGCUUCUUCACAUCCCCAAACCUAAGGCAGCCGUGGUGUAUGCUUUAUAAAUGUUGGUUUUCUUUUCUCUUUUCUUGUUAAUUAAUCAGUGUGUUUAAAAUGUCUUCAUUCAGCAUGAGGAUUGUUUAAUGGGUUUGCCUCUGAUGUGUGGCUCCGUGGGAGAUGGGCAAAGUAAUUAAGACGUUACCAGAAGCUGAUGAGCUGGGAGCAGGUAAAAGUCAGCAUUUCGGUAAAUGGAUGUCUUCUGGAACCAAUGAGGAUUUUUUUUCUCCUCCUUUUCAGUAGUAUACCUUUUUCUCAUUUAAUAAUUUAAUGGUAUAUAAAGUCAUGUGUAUAUGUAAGUGCAUACAUGUGAGGUGUGACUCUAAGGUUGUAUGUCGAGUUUCUUUUCUUAAUAUCCAGAAGAUCCAAGUGUUUCAUCUCACCCCACCUUCCUUAAAAGGUGACCCUUUGGGAGACUCUAUAUUGAUCAUGGCAGCACUGCCCAAGUAGAAACAUUUUGCGAACAGCUCUACUGGAAUGACCUUUGGGGACUAGCACCUUCCUUUGAUUAUCUUUAGAGAUGAGAAAUCUUCAUCCUUUGAGGAUGCAAUUAAGUUUGGAAAUGAUCCCAAGUCAUUCGCUCAAUUGGAUAAAUAAAGAUGUGUGAUUAAGGUAAGUCACACCAUUUUAGCUUUAAAAAACAAAAAACCCUAAGAUGUUUCUUAGAAUGAGUCUUUGGACUCCUAGAGCCUCUCAAAGUGACAACUUCUAAGGAGGACAUUUGUCAUUAGUACAUGUAACUUCUAGUGGAUUCGUUAUGAAAAGCCUUCUCUCACCAUGCCAUGUAUGUGUUCACAUCUCUGCAUACACACAGAUGUAGGUGUGUAUUAGUAUAAACCACCUGUAGGUGCCCUGUAAAGCCGCGUUAUCCUUAGUGCAUGUUAUUGUCAUGUUAUGCCCUGACUGAGGUGUUUGUCAUGAAAUUUGCUUCUCUACAGAAUUAAAAUAUUGUUCUCAAUAUAA